GCCCAGGCGGGGCUUGGCUCUGCGGGACCGGACCAAGAGCGGCCCAGAGGAGGAGACUGGGCGGAAGCCCAGGGGGCGCGGUCGUGGCCCGGAGGCCGUGGCAUUUCCAGCCCUGCCGCAAUGCCCGGGCUGCUGUUUGGGGCUGGCUAAUGAUUAGCAGGAAAAAUGUCACUCUGGGGCGCGCACACCUUCCGGGAGCGAGGGGCCGGUGGCAUGCAGAGGCCACCUCUGUGUUUACAGCCUGUGACGUGACAGAGCGGGGAACUUCCUGUUAACUGGUGACGCGGGUCGGGAUUCUCCGGAGGCCACUCAGCUGUAUUCCUGCGUCUGUGUGCAGCUAGAGAGGACCCUGGCCCAGAUGCCUUUGGGAUCAGAGAACCUUCUCUGAAGCCCCGAAGAGGAAGGAGGCCUUCCUGCCCGAGGGGUGAAGAAAACGUGUGGAGAUGGAGGGCAGCUGGAAAGGCAUCCCGGCCAUGCUGGUCAUCCUGGCGGGGCUGGCAGCUUCUGGAUCCAGCUAUCAAAUCAUAGAAGGUCCCAAGAACGCAACGGUGCUGGAGGGCACAGAGGCUCGCUUCAACUGCACCAUCUCGCGGGGCUGGAGGCUCAUCAUGUGGGCUCUGAAUGACACGGUGGUGCUGAGCAUCACACCCACGGAGCCCAUCAUCACCAACGACCGCUUUACCUCUGCCAGUUAUGAGGAGGGCAGCAACUCCAUCUCUGAGAUGAUAAUCCAUGACGUGCGGCUCCAGGACACCGGGCGUAUUAAGUGCAGCCUCCAGAACAGCGACCGGGAUGCCUCUGCUUUCCUUUCCGUCCAAGUUAUGGGGGAGUUGCUCAUUCCCAGAGGCAACCUUAUAGUUCCUGAGGAUAAGCCCUGUAAUGUGACUUGCCAUGCAUUGGGCUGGAUCCCUCUCCCGGAUAUUUCCUGGGAGAUCGGCAUUCCGGUGAGCCACCCAAGCUAUAAUUCUGGUCCGGAGCCCGACGACGUCCAAAGUGCAGUGAGUGUCUUGACUCUCACACCACAGGGCAAUGGGACUCUGACUUGCCUGGCUAACAUGAAGGGCCUGAAUGCCCACAAGUCUGUAACUGUGAAUCUUACUGUGGUUCAGCCUUCUUGGGGCAGCAUUGAUAGAGCAGGUACAUCCUUGCCUACCUGGGCCAUAGCUCUGCUUGCAGUAUCUUUGUCAUUGCUUUUGAUCCUGAUAAUUGUUCUGAUUAUAAUAUUCUGCUGUUGCUGUGUCUCCAGGCAAGAGAAAAAAGAAUCUAGUUAUCAAAAUGAAAUAAGUCACUCAGUGGUGGUAACGCAGCGUUGGGAGAGGCGGCUGUGGUCUCUGAGAACACUACAAAGCAUCGGUCUGAAAGUGCUCCUCCUUUGGGGCCUGACAGAGGGCAAGAGGAGAGGAAGGCAAAUGGACUCCAGGAAUUAUUCCAGCAUUUCUCUAGGGUGCUGUUUCCAGCAGGAUGGCAGCCUGGAUUCUUCUGUUCACCAUUAUGGACUUUGUAACAUCUUUUAUUUCUCUUCUCUGGGAUCUUUGAUGAUUUUAAAACAUAGUACAGUGGUCAACAGCUAUUUGGGGUCAUGGAUAGAGAAUAAGAAGAAUAAUGACGACAACAGCAAUAAUAUGACAGUAGGGAUGACAAUCGCUAGUAUAUGCUGAGUGCCGAACAUACAUUAGGUCCAGGGAGGAAAGACGGGGAGACUCACCGAGACCCCGCAUCCUACCUGCUUUCCGUGCACAGUGGCACCUGUGCAAACUCCAGUUGCUUCGGGCUCCUUCUGCCGUAGAAUCACACAUAUUCCUUCCUACAGAAUCAAUGCAUUUUUUAUAUAGAAAAAAUUAAAAUAUACUUUCAGGAAAUGAUUUUGAGAGGCUCUGGGGGAUGCAGUCGGUUGAGCAUCUGACUCUUGAUUUCUGCUUAGGUCAUGAUCUCUCCGUGCCCAGUGAGGAGUCCGCUGGAGACUCUCUCUCCCUUUCAGUCCGCCACUCCUCCCUAAAAAUAAAUGAGCAAAUCUUUAAAAAAAUAGAAAUGAUUUUCAAAUCACCCCAAUUCUAUCGUUCAGAAGCAGGCAUUGUUAUGUAAGUAUGUAUCUGCUCACACGCAUGUGUGUUCGCAUAGAUACAUGCGCAUAUGCAUUUUGUGAAAUUUGCAUCAGCAUAAAUUUUAUUUUGUAGCGUGCUCUUCUCACUUGGCACUAUUCUGCAGAUUCUGUUAAUAAAUUUCUGUAAUAAAUAAAUUUCUGUUAAUAAAUAGUAAUAAUAAAUUUCUGCUUAAUAGAAAUGUCUUAUUGAAGUAUAAUAUAAGUUCAGAAAAGUAUACAAAUUGUAGGUGUGUAGCUUGAUUCCUUUUCACAAAGCAUAUGGGCCUUGAGUGGGGACAUGCAGAACUAGAGCACCCCAGAUCCCCAACCUCUCCAUGCCCCUCAAAUCACUGUCUGCCCCUUCCUCAAAGGUCAUUUCUUUUUCUUUC